AUGGAUGUUGCUCGGGCUUUCGUAACUGGGCACCCCAUGCAAGACGACGCGGACAUUGUCCGUUGCAACCACUGCAAACGUCCGGUCCUAAGGCACAAAGCCAAAGCCCACAUCGAAGAGUGCAUCCAGAAGAAGCAAGAGAAACAACGCAAGAAAAAAGAAGCAAAAGACGCACGCGACGCAGCCGCGCGCAGAGCCGAACGAGAGAACGCCGACAGCGAGUCCGAAGAAGAAGACACAACCAUGGGUUCCAAGACAGCCGGCAAGAACGACGGCACCUCUGGCAAGAAGCGCAAGGCCGAAGACUCGACCGAGGGCGCAAAGAAGAAGAAAAAGAAGGACGAACCCAAGGCCAAGGCUCCUCGACCAAAGGCCCCCGUCGAUGUCGAGAAGCAGUGUGGUGUCCCUCUCGCCAACGGUGCUCAGUGUGCUCGUAGUCUGACAUGCAAGAGCCACAGCAUGGGAGCAAAGCGCGCAGUCCCCGGCAGAAGCGCUCCUUAUGACAAACUGCUGGCUGAGUAUCAGCGCAAGAACCAGGCCAAGCUACAGAAACAAGCUCUCGAGGCCCAACAGCCCUUCCAAGACGACGAACUCGCCCACGCCGGCCCCAUCGAUUCAGAAGACGAGAAGGACAGGGUUCUAGCUGGCAUCACUCAAUCCGAGCCACGCCCACUCUGGCGAUCCCAGCCCGUACCCCUCAGACGCAAAUACCAAAAGAUCCGUAUCAGAGAGAUGCUGGGUAGUGCGAUUGGAUCAAAAGGCGCUGACUUCUUCCGCACCGGUCCUCCACCCGACGAAGAGAACAACAACAACAACCUCAUCAACGGCCUGGACCUUAUGAACCCACCAUCAGACAACAGCGACAGAAGAAUGAGCGGCGUGCAGAGAACUAUGACCGGAACACACUCCCGCAAGCCGAGUGCUGUUACCUGA